GCGCGGAUCUUUCGAAUGAGUGUUUGUGGAGUGGGGACCUUUGAUGACGAAGAACCAUCAACGGAAGUGUUUCGCGCAUGACAGAUUGUCAUCCCUGAUUUGAGAGGAUGCUUUUCUAAAAAUAGUGAUUUUUUUAGCAUUUCAUGUUUUAGUAUGAUCGUUAAUUACAGUAGCAGCAGCUCAGAAGAGGAAGCUGAACGAGAUGACGCUUCGCCUGCUCAGAAACGAACAAAACCUGACUCUGAAACCAGGGGUGAGCAUAUGGAUCAUGGAUCUCUUCAAAAGAGAGACACCUUAACGCGUCUGCCCCUGCCUGAGUCUGUAAGGGAGAUGUUCAGAGAAUCAGAGGAGCAGUGGACUGAUAACAGUGAAGAAGAACAUGGAGGAAGACUGCGCUCCUUCCAACACGAGAGGGGAAACUGGGCCACUUAUGUGUACUUUCCUUAUGACCCAGAAGAGGGAUUCCUGGAGCUGCUUGAUGAUAUUAUGGUGGCCGCAGGUGCUCACGGCAUUCCUCUGACCCUGUGUGAAGAGUUUCAUAUCAGUAUCUCAAAGACGGUGGUUUUAAGACAUCACUGGAUCCAGCCAUUUGUUCAGUCCAUUCGGACCGGUCUGACAACGUUUCGGAAGUUUUUCUGCUUGGCUGAUAAACUUAGGGUGUAUUGUAAUGCUGAAAAGACGAGGACUUUCCUUGGUAUGGAAAUCUCCAUUGGGAAAACUCAGUUGCUUGAGGUCAUUAAAAUAGUGGAUCUAACCAUGAAUGAAUUCAACCUUAACACCUUUUAUAAGGAUCCAUCUUUCCAUGUAAGUCUCGCCUGGUGUGUGGGCGAUCACACAGAAAGACUGAAAAGGACAUGUUUAUCAGAACUGCAGGGUUUUGUUGACAGACAUGAAGAUGGUCCAUUUCACAUACAAUUAAACUGCAGCGAGGUCCGCUGCAAAUCAGGAAAUAAAGUUUUUCAGUUUCCACUUGAGUAAAAUUCAUCUUUAGUGAUCGUGUGAAUUUUUGACACUUCCAAAGCGUCCUUUAUUUUUAAAGCUAUUUAUUAAAACUUUUCAUAUAUUUGUACAGAAUUUAAUAAAAUGUUUGCAGUAAAAUACCCUGAAAGAAUGUUCUCUUCACUGUUUUUCAUGACGACAAAUUUAUUGUACAGAAUUGUAGUAAAUCCAGAAUAUUAACAUGUACCUUUUUUAAAUGCUAGAGAGUAGAAAAUCUAACUGGUUGGGAUUUCUUUUAAAAGGUCAGUGCA